CCCCUCCCCAGUCCCCCCUCCCUCUCUCUAGUUCAGUCGCGCUGAGCGCCAGCGAGAGGCCGUCCCCGAGCGCGCUCCGCUCCACACUGCGGUCGCGAGGCUGUGGGUCCGAACGGCGCGCGACGGAGCGGCGGAGGCAGAGCGCAGCCUCUCUCAGCCGGCGCGAGGAGUCAGUACCUCCCGGCGGCUCUCUGACACGCGGCGCUCGGAGUGCCGGCGAACCACACAGCCGGCGGAGAAAAAACAAACAAACUUCUUUUCCAACUGAGACGAGGAGUGCGUCUUCGUUUUAUCCUCGGCUCCGGGAGCGCACGAUGCGCUCUCGUCUCUGUUUCCUUCGGUCGCGGCUGUCGGGCUGACGUGUUGUCCAGUUUCGAGGUGUCUUGGGAGUUUAGCCCCAGCGCUGAGAAGUUCGCCUGGAGCGGAAUCCGCCGGACGCGGGGGGCCGGGGGCGACAUGAUGGCUCAGCCCGGACAGCAGACAGAGCUCUCUGCUCCUCAUCAUGCUCAAUGAGACAGUGGGCUCCUCACAUAUGGUGCCAACCCUGGAAUAGUGCCUGCUCUGACAGGCUGGACAGACUGCGCACCAAGGCAGAGGUCUAAGCAGACCCACCCCACACCAUCCCUGACCACCCUUCCUCUUUCUCCCUCUUUCCCUUCUCUUAAAGCCCAGUCCCACCCCCCACCCCCUCAAGCCUGGGGAUUCUCCCAGCCCGUUCCGCAAGACGCCCAGUGGUGGGGUCAUGGCUGUCCAGCCUGAUGGCUUGUGGAGUUUUCUGCUGACCUCAUCCUACCACCCCAGGUGGUCCCAAACCGUAGACACAGCCAGGACCAGGAAUCGGAUUGGGAAUGCUGGAGGGAAUGGGGGAGCAGGUUUGGACGCUAUGGGAUGCAGCAGAGGACGUUCCUGGAGCUGGGGCAAAUGGCUGUGGCUCCCCCUCCUGGUCGCAUCCUGCUUGCUCUCCCAAGGCAGGGCGGCCACUUACAAGAUUGCUGUGGUGGGGCCCUGGACUUGUGACCCUCUGUUCGCCACGGCGCUGCCGGACGUGGCCGCCCGGCUGGCCAUCGGCCGAAUCAACAAGGACCCCUUCCUGAACAAAGGCUACUGGUACGACUACGUCUUGGUGAACGAGGACUGCCAGACCUCGCGGGCCCUGUCCACCUUCAUCGGCAGCGAGAGCUACGGCGCCGCCUUCGUCGGGCCCGCCAACCCGGGCUACUGCACGGCGGCCGCCCUCCUGGGCAAGAACUGGAACAAGCCGGUGGCGUCCUGGGCCUGCCUGAACCCCGACCUGCACGAUGGGGGCUACCCCACCUUCCUGCGCCCCCUGCCGCUCUCCUCGCAGGUGCUCUUCGCCGUGCUGCGCUACUUCCGCUGGGCGCACGCCGCCAUCGUGACCACCGACAGCGACCUGUGGGUGGAGACGGGCCACGAGCUCGCGACCUCGCUGCGCCACCUCGGACUGCCUGUCAGCGUGGUGGUCACCAUGGAGACGGAGGGCAACGGCCCGAGCGAGGCCCUGCAGCGCAUCAAACGGGCUGACAAAGUGUCACCUCUCUUUGGCACCAUCUACAACUCCCUGCUCUUCGUGGCGAACGCAGUGGAGCGUGGGCGGCGGAGCGGGCGCUGGGUGUCCGGCACGUCGGUGGCACAGCACGCGCGGGGCUUCGAGUUCGACGGCUUCUGCCAGCGGCUGUGGGUGGGCGAGGAGGGGGCGGGGCUGCAGGCCCGGUUCGUGGUUCUGGACAGCGACGGCUCGGGCAGCACACUGCGCCCCACGCACACGCUCACACCCAGCACUCACGGCGGGUCCCUUGUGCCCACCGGCCGCAGCAUGCACUUCCCUGGGGGCUCCACGCCAGGCACCGACUCCGGCUGCUGGUUCGACUCCAACACCAUCUGCUCCGGGGGAGUGGAUCCAGUCUUUGUUCUGCUGAUCUUUGUGCUGAUCACAGGCCUGGCUGUUGGAGGGGUGGCCUUGGCUUACUUCCUCAGGAGGAGGAUCCAGCAGUCCCAGCUGAUGAAGGGUCCGAACAAGAUCCUGCUGACCCUGGACGACCUGGUGUUCAUCAACGCCCAGCUCAGCAAGAAGAAGAUGAACGAGGACAGCGUGACAGGAAGGAGUCUGUCGGACGUGAAGAGCAACAGGACACCCCGUCACUCAGUAUCCGGGCGCAGCCUGACGGCCGCCACACCAGAGAGCUCCAACGUGGCCAUCUACGAGGGCGACUGGGUCUGGCUGAAGAAGUUUCCUGUAGGAGGAAAAAACAUGGAGAUCAAGCCCACGACCAAGACUGUCUUCUGCAAGGUGAGCGGGCAGUGCAGGGAAGGGGGUGACUGUGAGCAACUCACCACCCCACCCCCCCACCUCUUGAUGCAGGCGAUGAAAUACCUGCACCACCGCGACGUCGUCCACGGUCGCCUGAAGUCGCGGAACUGCGUGGUGGACGGCCGCUUCGUCCUGAAGGUCACCGACUACAGCUACAACGAGAUCCUGGACACGCAGAAGAUGCCACACAUGGAGGGCAGGCCGGAGGGUGAGCGGGGUCCCACGUCUUCCCCCCCUGACCAGCUCCCCAGCUAUAUACAGGCUGCCCUCUCCCUCACCUCUCCUCUCUCACUCACUGUAUCCAUCAUCUCCUCCUCUCCCAUUGUGGAGACCAUCGGCGACGCCUACAUGGUGGCGUCAGGUGUGCCCAACCGCAACGGGAACCGCCACGCGGCCGAGAUCUCCAACAUGUCCCUGGACAUCCUGCACUGCAUUGGGGCCUUCCGGAUGAGACACAUGCCGGACGUCAAGGUCAAGAUCCGGAUAGGCCUGCACUCCGGUGAGCACGCGCGCUCCUGCUCCAGACAGGGGGCGCUCCUGAGUGGCCUGGGCACCCACUCCACUCACCCUGACACAGAAUCACCGAGCUGUGAAGCGGCCUCCACUGUAUGUGCCCAGGGCAGGUUUCUGCACCUGUGUGCCUGCAGCCUCGGACACAGCUGUGUUCUCUCUUCCUCAGCUUACAGAAUCCAUGUGAACCAGAGCACCGUCAGCAUCCUGCAGAGUCUGGAGAUGGGGUACAGGCUGGAGGUCAGGGGCAAGACCGAACUCAAGGUACCGGGCACUGCGGUCAAUCAAUACCGAUCGGUAUCCUGAUCGCAGCCUCAGCCA